CCUCCUUAGAUCGUGAUCGAGACUCGUGAGACAUCGGCUUAAGCCAGUCCACGUGCGGAAAGCGUGCACCGUCGCGGCUUCCUCGCUUCACCUUGGUGAAGGAGCGCGCUUUGACCCUUUUCGUGCGUCUGACCCUCGGCCCACCGGACACGAACGCGUCGUCGAUCACGGAGGAGGAGCCCUUGUCAUCGGUGUGAUUGCUCGCGGAACGUCCGGUGAACUCGCGAAGAAACAGUCUAAGAAGGAUCAGCGGUGCCGAAAUGGCGGAGUUCGGGUCUGAGCGAAAGACUCGGCCGAGGUUCUGUGCCGGAGCUCACGAUGAAGUCGGAGAUUUGUGAAGAAAGUGGACCAUGAGUGAAACCGGAGCUCGUAGUCGAGGAUUCACCGUCCGGAACUGACUGGUGAUAGAAUAAUAUCGAGCGCGGUCGGAACUCAUUCAAAGCGAGCGCCAAUCGGCCGAGUCGGAGCUUGAUUUGAGCAAUUUCAAUUCUGUGCAUUUCUCAAACAUUAUUGCAAGAGUGAAGAAGCUAAACUUCCGAGAUCUAAAAUAAGGUUCGCAGAGUCCACUUCGGCACGCGAUUGAGUUCUUCCUCGAAGAACGUUCCUCGCACUUCUUCAUCGAAGGUCGAUGACGAAGCGGGACGGGCUGCUUCUCUCCACGGCCCUCUUUCCUAAGACUCUCAAGUGCACGGUGAGCCCGUGAUGCCGCGCGAGGCAUCCUCGAAGUGGUAAGCGGAAGUCGCAGAAGAUCAUGAAGAUCGCGCUCGCGCUGUGCCUCAUCACCGUGGCGAGCGCACUCGAUCACAAUGACGUCUACUCGUGGAACAGACGCAGGGAGAACUUCAAAGUCGCGCCGAUCAAGGCCAAAGAGACCCGCGCGCUGAGGCCGACGAUACCUGCCGCGCAAUCGAUUCGCAGAUCGAGAACGUCGAGCCCGUUCGCGGGCGAUACUCUGCGAAACUCACCGAGAAGACACGCCAUCGCGGAGGACGCGGAUGACGAGCAACCGGGUCUGUGGAGCUCCGUUGCCGUCAGGACACGGCAGGAUCUGGCGCGCGAGAACCGAGCCAUCGAGAGCAACCUAAAGAACGUGAUCAGCAGACCGUCCCUAGCUAAAGUCGAGCAGUACCAGUACUUCUCGAGCUUUCCAUACAACGACGACGCGUCCGUCGACAUCACAUUGGAAAACGCGGAACACCCGAAGAGCGCGGCGCUCCUGUCCAAAGACGCCGCAGAUCACUUCAUGGAGCACAACGCGGAGGAAGUGGACUGGAGCGCGCAGGAUAUAUUCGAGAAGGACACCCUGAACAAAGAGAAGGAGCAAGUGGUGGAGCAGGAGAGUGAGGAGGAGCAAAUAAACGUCCAGGACUUUCUGGACGAGAUCAGACGCAGGAGAGUAAACGGGGAACUCGAAGGAUUCACGACGGGAGGACACCGGCAAGGCAGACGGAGGAAGCUCACCAGCCAGCAGCAAGGCGCGCUUCUGGUGGAGACGCUAAAGAAGAAGCGAAACCACACCAGUGAUCAUCGGGGACACAGCUCCAACCUGCAGAGCGGCAUUAUGGAUAUGCUGGGCAGAAUGAUACCGCAGAGCUGCAAGUACAAAGGUGCCAAGUUCGAGUGCGGCCUCAGCAUUAGCUGCGUUUUGGGCGGCGGUCGACCGGUUGACCUCUGUUCCGGAGGCAUGAUAUGGAGCUGCUGCGUGGACGACGACGACAUACCUGACAAAGUACCGCGACCGAGCGUGGGUUUGCUGCAGAAUGCCACGUUUUCCAUAAACCUCGGCCACCAACAGCCAUACGUGGACGACGACGUGCACAUUUACAGCAGCGACCUGCGACCCAGCAGACCCUCCAGCCAUCGACCCGCGUAUUCACACGUGGGUGGCAGCGUCGGCGGCGGGGGAAGUAAACCGAACAACCUCUACGAUCCGUCAUACGCGAUCUGGAGCCACGAUCGGCCGACGAACGAUCUCGCGAUCGGCCAUGAACCACCGACGUACACCACUCGUCCGUACCACACGGUCCAGCUGGACUAUCCGCAGGGCGAGUACGACGCCGGCUACCCGGCUCACGCCUCCGGCGUGCCGAUCGAGGACUCGUCCAACGCUGUGGACUACUCCAGAUACCGUGGCUGCGGCGAGCUUUACACCAGGAGCAACAGAAUCGUGGGUGGGCACUCGUCCAGUUUCGGCAGCCAUCCAUGGCAGGCCGCCAUCAUCAAGUCGGGAUUCCUCAACAAGAAGCUAUCCUGCGGAGGCGCCCUGCUGAACAAUCGAUGGGUCGUCACCGCGGCGCACUGCGUCGCGACGACACCGAAUAACAAUCUGAAGGUUCGACUCGGGGAAUGGGACGUGCGAGAUGCGUCCGAACGGUUUCUCCACGAGGAAUUCAAUAUCGAGAGAAAAGAGGUACACCCGCAAUACUCGGCCACUGACUUCCGGAACGACGUGGCUUUGGUGAAGCUGUCCAGGACGGUAGCUUUCAAACAACACAUCGUCCCGGUCUGCUUGCCGGCGAGGAAUUUGAAGCUCUCCGGCCGAACCGCAACCGUCGCUGGUUGGGGACGAACCAGGCAUGGCCAAACUUCGGCGCCAUCCGUACUUCAGGAGGUCGACGUCGAGGUAAUACCGAACGAGAGAUGUCAAAGGUGGUUUAGGGCAGCCGGCAGAAGAGAAACCAUUCACGACGUAUUCCUAUGCGCGGGUUACAAAGAAGGUGGACGGGACUCCUGUCAGGGCGAUUCCGGCGGGCCGCUCACGAUGUCUGUAGAGGGCAGACAUGUCCUGAUCGGUUUGGUUUCCUGGGGCAUCGGCUGCGGUCGCGAACACUUGCCCGGUGUGUACACCAAUAUUCAGAAAUUCGUGCCGUGGAUCGAUAAGGUCAUGAGCUAAAGCGGAGAAGAGACUGUCUCGUCUGAGUUCCUUCGAAAGUCGAGUUGCUUUACCCAAGAAGAAGAAGAAGAAGGAGAGGAGGCAAAAGAAGAAGAACAAGGGGGACAGGGAAAAGAAGAAAUAUUUGCGAGAAGAACGACGCGUAGUUACCAAAGUCUUAAGAACAUUCUUUAAGAACUUCCGCGGUCCAUGCUCAGUUAAUCGACCGUUCUUGAAGGACUCUCAUCGUCGAAAACACUAGGAAACCCGAUGUUUCGUGCAUUAUAUUCGAAAGUGCUAACGCGCGCACGGAAGAUUAAUUAACGAAGUUACGGCGGAUGUAUUCUGAUGAUCGAACUUGGCGAUGGCAGAACAGAAUACUUAAGACAUUAAGUAGCGAUGCAUAGAGAUGUUUAACGCGAGGAGCAUUUAUGCCGGUUUAUAAGCUUCGCUGUUGUUACUCGAAUCGCAAAUGAUUUUUUACCUUGCAUAUUAAGAUCGGAAGAUACGGUUUGCUUCCGAGUUGUUUAAGUGUUUGCCUUCAAAUUUGAUACAACAAAUUGUUGAGUCGCGAAAUAAGAAAAAAAGAACGUUAGACUAAUAUUAUUGACUUCCGACAAUUAUGUCCGAUAAUUUUAUGCCGCCUACUUGAUGAAUUUAAAUAAAGAAGUUUUACUCUUA